CGCGGGGCACGACGGGAAGGGGGCGGCCUCCCGCCGGCCUCCCGCCGACCUCCCGCCUCCCGCUCCCCGCCGCCAUGGCGCCGCCGCUCGCCGUUCUCCUCCUCCUCCUUCUCCUCCCGCCGCUGGCAGCCGGUGGCUGGGACGCGGCCGGGUACCUGCUGUACUGCCCCUGCAUGGGCCGCUUCGGGAACCAGGCCGAGCACCUGCUGGGCGCCCUCGCCUUCGCCCGAGCCCUCAACCGCACGCUGGCCGUGCCGCCGUGGAUCGAGUACCGGCACCACCGGCCGCCCUACACCAACCUGCACGUGCCCUACGAGCAGUACUUCAGGCUGCAGCCGCUGCUGCGCUACCAUCGCGUGCUCAGCCUCGAGGAGUUCAUGGCGGAGCUGGCGCCGCAGCACUGGCGGCCCGGGGAGCGCGUGGCCUACUGCUUCGAGGCGGCGGCACAGAGGAGCGCGGACAGGAGCAGCUGUCCUAUGAAGGAUGGAAAUCCGUUUGGUCCGUUCUGGGAUCAGUUCAAAGUGGAUUUUGAUAAGUCUGAACUCUUCAAGGGAAUCUCCUUCAGUCCUGCGUACAAGGACCAGUGGAUCCAAAGGUUUCCACCAUCCGAGCACCCUGUACUUGCCUUACCUGGGGCUCCAGCCCAGUUCCCGGUGCUGGAGGAGCACCGUCCCCUCCAGAAGUACAUCGUGUGGUCUGACGAAAUGGUGGAGAAAGGAGACGCCUACAUUCACUCCCUGCUGGUUAGGCCGUACGUGGGAAUUCACCUGAGGAUCGGCUCGGAUUGGAAAAAUGCUUGUAACAUGUUAAAGGACGGGACAGCCGGGUCUCACUUUAUGGCUUCGCCUCAGUGCGUGGGCUAUGACCGAAGCGCUGCUGUGCCCCUCACCAUGGACAUGUGCCUGCCGGACCUGCAAGAGAUCAAACGUGCUCUCAAGCUCUGGGUGAAAAAGACAGAAGCUCAGUCUGUUUACAUCGCUACCGAUUCCGAGCCCUACACGAAGGAAAUACAGCAGUUCUUCCAAGGAAAGGUCAGAGUGGUAAGCCUGCAGCCGGAGGUGGCUCAGAUCGAUUUGUAUAUUCUUGGCCAGUCCGAUCACUUCAUCGGGAACUGUGUCUCUUCCUUUACGGCCUUUGUAAAAAGGGAGCGUGACGUGCAUGGAAAACCCUCUUCGUUCUUUGGCAUGGACCACCCGCCAAGGUUACGGGAUGAAUUCUGACCAAGAGAGGAACGGGCUCGAUAGUUCCCAGAGCUCUGAGCGUGGUACCUUGCCGAGGGACCACUCGGGUGCUAGCGGUGUUCUCCACUGUGCAGAGCACGCUGCCGGGCUGCGGCAGGGCUGUUUCCAGCUCCUGGGUGCUCCUCACGGUCACUCUUCUGUCUGACCUCACUUCUGUGUUUCUAGGGCGAAACCAGACAGAAAAGAAACUUUAAAUCAUGAAGUUUAUAGGAAACUGUAAACUAUAUGCACGCAGUUCUUAUGAUGUAGUUCAUGUAUCUCUCCAUCCUCGUUUCUGGGGGUUUGCCACCAAUUACAAAGAAGCUGCUCGGAUUUCCUUUUACCCUUAGUCAAUUUAUCUGGAGAUGCUGAGAAGCUUCUCGUUGUCCAAACCUGACCGUGAGCUCUUGUAAAGUGCAAAUGUUUGUCUGAAAUACCACGGUCCUGAAAAGUGGUGCAAGAUAAAGCUCAGGAUAGGAAAUAAGACCUGGGUUUUAUCGAGCACGGUUAUUGCCUUACUGGACCCACACCACCUCGGUGCCUCGCUUUCUGUGCCCGGUAGCGGGAGAUUCCACUCCCGCCUCGCAGCAGUGCUGUGACAGUGGGCGGCUGUGGAGCAACACCCUGAUCUCUCGGGCGGUGCUAGAGAAGCCUGCUGGUGGUGUGUUUCCUCGUUGCAGUUACGGGUUCGGAUUUUCUUUGUACUGAACUGGGGAAAGGUUUUUUGGAGGGAUGUGGAUGGAAGAUCUUUCGUAGUGGAGCUGGAGACUUAGGGUUCUGUAGCUGUUGAUGUAAGGUGGAAAUCUGUUAGAAAUGUAAUUGUAAGCUAAAACUCCUGAAGUAGCUGUAGCGUGGGUGGGUGCAUGUUUUACCUAGGUCCGUGUUAACGGUUUGUUUUUAUUUCUGUACUCUGUAAAAGCGACCCCUCUGACAACAGAAGUGCUGGCGGUAGGGCUAGUUCCCAGCACGGCUAACUGAAAAGCGUUGGCAAAUGGCAAAACAGACAAAAAGCUUCGGUUUGCCCCAGCGCAGCUUACCUCCGGAACCACAGCAGGGUGUCCAGCAGAAAGACUCGGUUCGGCCACUGCCUCUUUGUCCUCCUGGCGCCUUUUUUGAAUACAGACCGCAGAACUUUGGUUAAUUCCUAAAAGUGCCGCUCGUGAGGCUGUGGUACCGGGGUGGCCACCUCUGCUGCAGCCCAAAUACUUCCCUGGGGUUAAUUCCGGAGGUUUUGGUGUUUUGUUGUUACCGCUGUUACUUUCCGCCCCCCUCCCUGUGCUGUGCAGGAGGCCGGCGGCUCGCUGCCCCCUGCCCGGCCCCCGGCUGCUGCCCGGGGGUGGGCGCGGGCCCCGUCGGGCGGAGCGGGAGAAACAAGGAUUUUUUUUAUAUAAAAAACCCGUAUUUUUCUAACAAUAAAGAGCUUUUGUAGGCA